AUGGCGACCAUAGCAACCGCCAUCCAGGAGAGUCUCAAACAUCUUGAUCGUAUCGUUGCUUCCCAGGCCCUGGAGAAAUAUCAAAAUGAGGUCGUGCCAGACCUAUGGUUUAAUGAGCUGGGUCGUUUGCGUGUUUGGACAGCAAACCUAGGAGCGCACCAGACGGGUCAGUUCUCGCUGGAGUUCCGACUACGCGAAGCGUCCCAUUUGAAAGAUCAAACCAUGCGAGCGCUAGGUCGACUUCAACGUACCAUCCAAGACUUGGAAGAUCUCCUACACGGGACAGGUUAUGAUCAAGAAUAUUCCAGCGACUCGGAUGAAAGCGAAAAAGAGAGCCAGACCAUGAUCCAUAGUGUAUAUCUUGCUCUACAUGACACUAUCAGCAUACUUUUUGAGAACGCGAUGGCUAUUCGAAGACUAGCACUCCACGAUAUGCGGGUUGGGCUGAAAAGAUCAGACACGGCGGAAUUUGAACCAUGGGAUCGAAAGCACGUGGCGGACAAGUUCCCCAGCUUGGACCGUGAGAUUAGUGAUCGUCUGGGUCUUGCAAUCACACAGCGCCGGGCCACACUCAAAUAUCGCGAACAGCGUCAUCUCAAACUCGCACGGGGACUUUCAGAGACGGUUCCGAUGGACCUCGAUGUGAAGCCCACCGAAGAUGAUUCUGACCUUCAGUCUAGAAUUUCGCAGACUUCUUACGCAGAAAGCAUGGCGAAUCGACAGGACGGAAUGGGAAUUCCACCUCCACCCAAAGAGUCUCUAAGCGGAGACCCUUUUCAGUGCCCGUAUUGCUUCUUACUCAUCAAAAUCAGCGGUAGACAAUCAUGGACGCACCAUGUCUUACGCGAUCUGAUGCCUUAUAUAUCAUCUCUGUCGGUUCAGCGACGGUUUUUCGAAGACAUCUUGCACGACACCUUCAAGAGCUCGCGCUUUUUGCUUUACCACGAUCUGAACCAGAUGAAGGCCUGGAGACUUUGA